AUGGAGCAACACUGGCUAACAAGCUAUGGGGGAACCAAGGAAGACUUCACCCAGACAGCGGAGAACCAAGGAAGACUUCACCCAGACAGCAGGGGACCAAAGAAGACUUCACCCAGACAGCGGGGGACCAAGGAAGACUUCACCCAGACACCAAAUGGAGCAACAUGGCUAACAAGCUAUUGGGGACCAAGGAAGACUUCACCCAGACAGCAGGGGACCAAGGAACACUUCACCCAGACAGAGGGGAACCAAGGAAGACUUCACCCAGACAGUGGGGGACCAAGGAAGACUUCAUCCAGACAGCAGGGGAGCAAGGAAGACUUCACCCAGACAGAGGGGAACCAAGGAAGACUUCACCCAGACAGUGGGGGACCAAGGAAAACUUCAUCCAGACAGCAGGGGACCAAGGAAGACUUCAUCCAGACAGCAGGGAACCAAGGAAGACUUCACCUAGACAGCGGGGGACCAAGGAAGACUUCACCUAGACAGCAGAGGACCAAGGAAGACUUCACCCAGACAGUGGGUAACCAAGGACGACUUCAGCCAGACAGCGGGGAAUCAAGGAAGACUUCAUCCAGACAGCGGGGAACCAAGGAAGACUUCACCCACACAGUGGGGAACCAAGGAAGACUUCACCCAGACAGCGGGGGACCAAGGAAUACUUCACCCAGACAGCAGUAUUCAGUGAUGGAAAUAAGCUGA